AUGGAUAAAAUACCAUUGUUAAUGGUAAUAUUGAAAGCUCUUGAGUCAUCGCUCGGACAAACAUACACUGAAAUGGACUCUUUACUAGGACAUCUUUUCAAUAAGACAAGAUAUAACAAAUAUCUGAGACCUGUAGAAAACCAAAGUCACGUUAUUCAGGUAAACUUUACACAGUAUGUAAAAACCAUUGAACAUCUUGACAUCUCGUCAGGUGAGCUUCUAAUAACUGGAUAUUUUGAAAUAAAAUGGACUGAUGAAAUGUUGACUUGGGACCCUGCUCUUUUUGGAGGUAGAGAAAAAAUACAGUUGCCUAAAGACAAGUAUUGGAAACCAGAGAUUUCCUUAACAGACGGACCGGCAAAUGAGGACACUUCGAUUUAUGGGAGCGGAUUCUAUCCCGCGUGGACCACUUACCAAGGGGUAGUAAUGAUCAUUGCUGCAGGCAGUUACAAGACGAAAUGUAUUGUUGACACAACAUUUUAUCCUUAUGAUACGCACUCGUGUUAUUUCCAGUUCAUCGUGUCUAAUCAUGACUCUACGGAACUUAUGAUAUCUUCUCCUUCACCCGAUAUUCAUUUUAGUGAUUUCAAAGAAAAUGGUGAAUGGGAAGUUAAGAGUACAGAUACAAAUGUAAUGCUGGUAAAAGAGAAAAACAUAGACAAUGUGGGUAUACCAAUGUAUCAGUCAUCGUUUUUGUUAAAAAGAAGGUCCAAAUAUGAAAUGAUAAAUUCACUUACACCUAUCACGUUUAUGUUAUUUCUGAAUAUUGCAACUUGUUUUGUUCGCCCUGAAUCCGGUGAAAGGACAACAUUUGCAAUAACGCUAUAUUUAGCAUUAGUUUUUGCAGCAACAUCAUUAACAGAGACAAUACCUAGAAAUUCAUUAAAAGUGCCAAUGAUUUCGUAUCAACUGCUUACGGUUAAUCUCAUCAACACGGUUGGCGUUUUAUGGAGCAUAUUCAUUGUUAAUUGCGCGAGUAAAUCUGCGGCUGAUAGAUAUCUGCCAAAUUUUCUUCUGAGGAUGAUUACAAAAAGGAGACAGAAAAGCAAAAAUAAUUGUAAAAUAGUUCCUGUAGAAAAUUCAGUAGUAUCGAUAUUGCCUGUUGAGGGUACGGAUAUAAGUGAUGGUGACAUCACUACUCAAAGUGAAGAAGUAUGUAAUGGACCACAAUCUGCUAACAUAACUGGACACGAGGUGGCGGAAGUUCUUGAUACAAUUUAUUUCUGGAUGAUCAUUAUUUGUAUUAUUUUAACAAAUGUCAUUUACAGUGCAUUUUCGUACCAAAGUUGGUUCAGUUAG